AUGUCGCCACCACAGCCGAUACCUCAGCGGCGCGGCGCCGCUGCACCGGCCAUCGCAGCGCCGGCUGUCGCAGCCGCGCUCGCGCUGGGCGAGCGUGGAGCGCCCGGCGGCGUGGCGGAGGGCGGCGAGUCGGCGGCAGCAGCGGCAGCAAAGGCUGAGGCAGAGGCUUGGAACGCUCAGAUCGCCAAGGAGGUUGUUUCCAUGACCCUGGACGACCCUGUCAACCUGCCGGCCAGCCUGGACCCCACCCCACCCAAGCUCGCAGGCGGCAUGGCGCAGUUUGAGCAGCGGCGGCUCAGGCAGCCGCCUGCCCACCAGCAGCAGCAGCAGGGGUCAGCGGGCGGCAGGCCCGGCCCGGGGCCCAGGGGCGCCGGGCCUGCGGCUGCUGCGCGCGAAGCCAAGGUUCCCGGCGCAGGCGAGGUGCCGGGCGUGGGCGUGUCCCCGCUGCCCGCUGACCUGGGCCUGGGGCCGCACCGCGGCGGACCCAACAAGCCCCCGGGCGUGACGCAGCAGUCGCCUGCACCGCCGGCUCAGGACGCAGGAGCAGCAGCCGUGUACGCCGGCAUGCCACCAGCUGCCGUGCUGGCGCACGCCGGCGGCGUGUUUGGCUUCCGUGGCGGCCCUGGCGGCGGCGCGCCGCCUCCGCCGCCCGCACACCACCCACACCACCGAGAUGGCCCGGGUGGCACGGGCCCGCCCGCCGCGCCCGGUGGCAUCAACCUCUGGCACCCCAUGUUUGCCCCUGUCGGCAUGGUGCCGCCGGGCGCGCCGCCGCCGCCGAUGCCGGCCGCCGUGGACGCCUGGGGGGCGCCUGCCGGCGGCUUCCCUCCGGCGGGCGCAGGCCCUCCUGCCAGCCACCCACAGCGCGGCCCCAGCCAGCAGCAUGGCCCCGCGCACCCGCACCUUGCGCCGACGACCCCGCCUGGCGGCGGCGCUGCCCCAGCCGGGCCCCACACUGCGGCGCCCGGCGGGGCCGCAUCGACAAACGGCCCUCAGCUGCCUCCGCCGCUGGUGCCGGCGCCUUUUGGGCCCUUUGGUGCGCCGUUUGGCCCCAUGGGCCUGGGGUCCGGCUUCUUUGGCGGGCAGCCGUUUGUGCCGACAGGCAAGCAGCCCGAUUGGUCAACGGGCGGCAGCCCCAUUGCGCUGCCGCCGGCGCAGGGCGCGCCCGGCCCCACCCUCCUGCCCGCCACAGGCCCAGCCGGGGCUGUGGGGGCGGCGGCCGGCGCGGACGGCGCGGCUGGAAACACCGGCCGCAGCCGCGGCCGCAGCGGCCGCAGUGGCGGUGGUGGCGGCCCGGGCGGCGGUGGACGUGGUGGCGGCGGCCGCGCCCCGGCAGCCGCCCAGGGUCCUCCAAACGCUGUUCAGUGA